AUGAAGAUCCUGAUGAGAGUGUGGAUCAAAGUUUUUAUUGUUGCGAGAACAAUUCCACGGACGAUGACAUCAUCAGUCCUCGCCGCCUCCGCCGCCGCCGCCGCCGCCGCCACCGCCGCUGCGCUGCUCGUAGUCUGCGCCUCUCUGCAAGGCGCGGCCGGCAACCCCGACGCGAAGCGCCUGUACGACGACCUGCUGAGCAACUACAACAAGCUGGUGCGGCCCGUCGUCAACGUGAGCGACGCGCUCACCGUCAAGAUCAAGCUGAAGCUGUCGCAGCUGAUAGACGUGAAUCUGAAGAACCAGAUAAUGACGACGAACCUGUGGGUGGAGCAGUCCUGGUACGACUACAAGCUGCAGUGGGACCCGCGCGAGUACGGCGGCGUCGAGAUGCUGCACGUGCCUUCCGACCACAUCUGGCGGCCGGACAUCGUCCUCUACAACAACGCCGACGGCAACUUCGAGGUGACGCUGGCGACGAAGGCGACGCUCAACUACACGGGCCGCGUCGAGUGGAAGCCGCCCGCCAUCUACAAGUCGUCCUGCGAGAUCGACGUCGAGUACUUCCCGUUCGACGAGCAGACCUGCGUCAUGAAGUUCGGCUCCUGGACCUACGACGGCUUCCAGGUCGACCUGAGGCACAUCGACGAAGUGAAGGACUCGAACGUGGUGGAGCUGGGGGUGGACCUGUCGGAGUUCUACACGUCCGUCGAGUGGGACAUCCUCGAGGUGCCAGCCGUCAGGAACGAGAAGUACUACACGUGCUGCGACGAGCCCUACCUGGACAUCACGUUCAACAUCACGAUGCGCCGCAAGACGCUGUUCUACACGGUCAACCUGAUCAUCCCGUGCAUGGGCAUCUCCUUCCUCACCGUGCUCGUCUUCUACCUGCCCUCCGACAGCGGAGAGAAGGUGUCGCUGUCCAUCUCGAUCCUGCUGUCGCUGACCGUCUUCUUCCUGCUGCUGGCCGAGAUCAUCCCGCCCACGUCGCUGGUGGUGCCGCUGCUGGGCAAGUUCGUGCUCUUCACCAUGAUCCUGGAUACCUUCAGCAUCUGCGUGACGGUGGUGGUGCUGAACGUGCACUUCCGGUCGCCGCAGACGCACGUCAUGGCGCCGUGGGUGCGGCGCGUCUUCAUCCACAUCCUGCCGCGGCUGCUCGUCAUGCGCCGGCCGCAGUACCAGAUCGACAAGCGCAGCUUCGGGCUGGCGACGUCGGCGCACCGCGUCAUGGUGCGCACGUGCAACGGCCUGGAGCUGCGCGACUCGUCGCUGCUGUCGGCCGCCGCCGCCGCCGCCGACUCGUCGGCCUCGUCGGAGCUGGUGGCGGAGCCCUCGCCGCACGACUUCUUCCCCAGGCUGCUCGACCACGAGUUCACCUCCAGGGACAGCGACCUGGGGGGCUCGUGCCGGAUCCACGGGCCCGGGGGCGGAGUGCCGCCGCCGCCGCCCACGCUGCUGGCGGAAGAGGCGGCGCCGGGGGCGGCUGCGGGGGACGGCGCCGACGAGCCGGCCACCCCCAGCGCGGACGGGUGCGCCGGGGGCGGCGGGGGCGGCGGCAGCGCCAGCAACGGCUUCCCGGGGGCGGCGCGGCCCGCCUCCCUGCACUGGCACCGCUGCCCCGAGCUGCACAAGGCCAUCGACGGGGUGCGCUUCAUCGCCGACCACACCAAGCGCGAGGAGGACUCCACCAGGGUGAAGGAGGACUGGAAGUACGUGGCGAUGGUGCUGGACCGGCUCUUCCUGUGGAUCUUCACGCUGGCCGUGCUGGUGGGCACGGCGGGGAUCAUCCUGCAGGCGCCCACGCUCUACGACGACCGCGUGCCCAUCGACGUGCGCCUCUCCGAGAUCGCCACCACCACCGCCAAGCCGCACGUCGCCAGCGCGCUCUAGCCCGGACCGCUGGAGGAAACGUGGCAGCCAGCUCAGACAAUUCGGUGCCAGCAAGGCAGUGGGCACCGGCAGAGAGUGGGACAUGCGGGGCGUGUUCUCCGGGGACCGAGCAGGCGGGCACGCAGUCGGGGUUGCAGACUUGUGACUUACCACCUGACCGAGCUCACGUGCAUAAUUAGUUGAUCCUGCACACAAAAUUUACCUAUACUAAGUACACCGUGAUCCUGCACCAAAAAAUUCUUCAUUAAAAACAAUUCUGUAAACUCA